GAAAAAAAGUGACGCUGACACUCUCGCACAAGCCGUAACCGAGAAGGGGGAAUAGCGUUUUGUUUCUUUUUUUCUUUAAUUUGUGUCCUUUUUAUUCUUUGGCGUUUUGUUGUUGUUUAGCUGCGCCGCUGUGGGUGACACCGUCGCUCACCAGAGCGCUAGCUCUUUAUCGUUUAUGCCGCUGUCCCUUCACGCGGCGCUAUUUUGACAGUCGGGGUCGCAGUGAAUCAAGUAGCAGCAGCUAGCAGCAGCAGCAGCAGCAGCAACUAGCAGCACCAUUGAACUAGCAUCGACGGAACUUGAAGGAUUGUCCACACGGCGGCCAGCAAAACGGUUUCCAGAGCUCCUGACUGGAGGACGGAUAAUGCUGCUGCACUGAGCCAGAGAGAGAGAAAAGAGACCGACCUCAGAGGACACUGAGGUGGUGGCUGGACUUUUUUGGUGCCCCUCCCCUUUGCUGCCUUUUUUGUUCUUCUGAUAGCUGUAAACAUAUUUUUUCACAGGUCCACCUUGAGGGCUGAGGCGUGCUAUGGAUGUUGCUUUGCCCCUUGCUGCAACCCUCCCAAGUACCCUACCUUAGUGGGUUUCUCUCAUUGUUCUGUGUGUGGUUCCAAUCCAGAUUCCCUGUAUUGAGUCUAGCACAGAUCUGGUACCAACUACAGCCACUCCUGGGUCCUCCCAACCCCCUCCCCUACUCCCACCCUCUCCCCCUCCCCUAAGAAGAUGUCAGUUAGCCUGACAACAGACAUCCAGCAGGAAGGAGAGAGUGGGUCACUCAAUGAGCCCUGCAGUCGAGGCAAGACCUCCCCUCAACCACAGGGCACUAAAGAGGGGACAGGGGAGGGCCUGGAGCCUGAGGAUGGCUCCUUACAGGAUGCACAGAAACGAGGUCCUAAUCAUAGCCAUGGCAGAAAAAGAUCGAAGUCUAAUGCCAAACUGAAGCUGGUACGGAGUCUGGCAGUGUGUGAGGAGUCCUGUGGUCCAUUCUCCAAUGAUGGACCCCCAGAAUCGGACAUCAUCCAACUUCACAUCAGCUGUCCAUCAGACAAGGAGGAGGAGAAGUCCUCAAAAGAUGAAUAUGAAAAUGAUGAGAAGGAGAAGAAGGACAAGACUCCACGAAAGAUGCUGUCUCGUGACUCCAGUCAGGAAUACACUGAUUCCACGGGCAUUGAUGUUCACGAGUUUUUGGUCAACACACUGAAAAACAAUCCCAGGGAUCGAAUGAUGCUGCUCAAACUAGAACAAGAUAUCCUGGAGUUCAUUAAUGACGACAAUAAUCAGUAUAAGAAGUUUCCUCAGAUGACUUCUUAUCACCGCAUGCUGCUUCAUCGUGUGGCUGCCUACUUCGGCAUGGACCACAAUGUGGAUCAGACUGGCAAGGCUGUUAUCAUCAACAAAACAGGCAACACACGCAUCCCAGAGCAAAGGUUCUCUGAACACAUAAAGGAUGAGCGUAAUAUGGACUUUCAGAAAAAAUUCAUUCUUAAAAGAGAUGACGCAAGUAUGGACAAGGAUGAUAAUCAGAUCCGUGUGCCACUUCAGGACGGGAGACGUAGCAAGUCUAUUGAAGAGCGAGAGGAGGAGUAUCAACGAGUACGAGACCGGAUCUUUGCCCGGGAAGUGUCAUUUUUUUUACAGUCCUCUCAAAAUGGAUACAUCAAUGACAGCAGACUUUCCACUGAGGGCUACUGCUCUAGCUCUCAAAAGAGGAGGCAGAUCUUUAGAGGGAAUCGUGAUAGCUCCAGCCGGGCAUCAAGCAGUCGUCAAAGCAGCACAGACAGUGAAAUGAAAUGCCUGGAACCCCGGCCCUGGAGCAGCACCGACUCGGACAGCUCUAACCGCACCCUCCGGCCACCUGUCACCAAGGCCAGCAGCUUCUCUGGCAUAUCCAUCCUUACCAGAGGGGAUAGCCUUGGCAGCAACAAAGGCUCACAGGGAAGCUGCAAAGGCUCUCGUUCUGGCCUGUCCCUCAUCAGUCCAGAUGUGUGUCCCCCACCUUCAGCCUCCCAGUCCAGCUGUAGCCUGCUUCCCUGCCCAUCACAACAGCCACAGCAGCCACAGCCCCAGGCUCCACCUCAGACUGCCCUGUUGCCCACCCCACAGCAGCACCCCAUGGGCAACCACAUGAUUGCUCAGCCGGUGGCAUCUCUGCAGCCUUCUCAGCCUGUCUCCUACUCCAGCCCUUCCUGCCCCCAGGUUCUCCUGCCAGUUUCUCCUCCCCAGCAGUACACAAUGGGAGAAGAGUUGGCCCCCCAGUUCACCCAGAUGACACUGAGUCGGCAGGGGUCCAGCGAGAACCCUGAGCCUCCCCCUAUGUAUCAAGCUACUCCCACGGUGUUAUCCCAACACCCCCCUCAGACCAGUUACAUCAUGGCUACAACUGGUCAACCAAUGCCACCUCCAUCUGGCUACCAGCCUGCCACUGGACACCCUCAUCCUCCACCUCCACCACCUCCUCCAUCUCAGCCUGUCAUGCAGGCUCCACCGCCCCCACAAGGCUACAUGCAGCCCCCUCCACAACAACAGAUACAGGUGUCAUACUACUCUCCUGGUCAGUAUCCCAGCUCAGGCCAGCAGUACCGUGUGCCCCAACCCAUAUCUCACCAGGUGUCUUAUCCUACCCAGCGCACUCAACCUAUGCCUCAGCCCACACAACAGUCAGGUCUCCAGACAAUGAUGCCCAGCCAGCAGUCAAGCUACCAGAGCAUGAUGGGUGUGCAGCAGCCCCAAAACACUGGUCUGCUCAAUUCCCAGAGAGCAGGCAUGGGAGGACAAAUGCAAAGCAUAAUGGUCCAGUACCCGCAGAUGCCAUCAUAUCAGGUGCCUGUGGGAAAUGAGAAUCAGCAGGUGGUGCAGCAGCAGUACCAGCAGCAGGUGAUGGUACCGGUCAGCCAGUCUGUGCAGGGACCCAUGCCUGUCUACUACAGUGUUAUCACCCCCACACAGCAGAAUAGCACAAGCCCAUCAGUAGGUUAUCUACAGCCCCCCAGCAAUGAACAGUAUCAAAUCACACAGUCACCAUCCCCCUGCAACCCUCAGCAGUUGCAGCAGCAAUAUUCAGGGGUUCCCCCUCCAGGACCUGGGGUGAUGGUAAUGCAGCUCAGCGUCCCCAAUGGACCACAGCCCUCCCAGAAUCCUCCUCUGGUCCAGUGGAACCCAUGCAAGUACUAUAGCUUAGAGCAGAGACCCAGCAAACCAGGAGAGCUCUACAAACCUGACAACACUCCACAGGCCAGUACGCAGCUGACGAGUCCCCUGGCCUCCCCCACUCAGUCUCCCACUCCAUCUCCCUCUGGCAGUGUCAGCAGUGUCUGUCCAGGCCUUGGACCAUUACCCCUCAUUUCCCAGUUUUCCCGGGCAGGAGGACCAGCCCAAGGUGAUGGGCGCUACUCUCUGUUAGGGCAGCCUCUCCAGUACAGCCUUUGUCCUCCCCUCAUACAUGGCCAGUCCUCUUACAGCUCACAUCAGAGUCAAGGAGUGAUGAAACACGGCGCUCGAGGGAAGAAACAAACACUCAAAUCUGCGUCAACAGAUCUCGGCACCACUGACGUUGUGUUGAGUCGAGUACUCGAGGUAACGGACCUGCCAGAGGGGAUUUCACGUCCAGAGGCCGAAAAGCUCUUCAACCAGCUGUCUAUGUGCGGUGCCAAGAUCCAGUGGCUGAAGGAGCCACAGGGAGGCCGAGGAGGAGCGGGAGGAUGCGGCCCGUGUCCUGGUGCAGGUCCUCCUGGGCCCGGGGCCAGUGUGGGAAUGAGGAUUGACGGCCACGACCCAGCUCACCUCUACACAGUUGUGGCAGUGUUCCCCAGCACCAUGGCUGCGCAGAGUGCUUCCUUCAAACUCAACAACAGUGGGGCUAGCCUCUUCAAACUUAGGGCUGCCAAAAAGAACUAUGACCUGCGUGUGCUUGAGAGAGCCAGCUCUCAGUGAAAUGAAACCGGGGGGGGGGGGGG